AUUUUUAAUGGGUUGUGCAGCAAAUAAGCAAGAUAAAGGUAAUUAAGCAAUAUACAGAGAAAAGACAUGGCAGAUAAUCCAUUUUUUGUAGGACCUUCAUUGUUCAUAAAUUUACAGGGUGGGGAUCUUCUAAAAACUUAUAGAAUAGAGAAACAUCUUGGAAAAGGUAUUAAUUUGAAAGAUAAAAAGGUGCUUAAGGGGAAGUGAAUCUAGUUACUCAUUUGAUGAGUGAAUAAAAGAGAGCAAUGAAAAAGAUUAUAAAAUCUUAGAAAAUUAAUGAAAAACUUAUAGCUAAUGAAUGUUAAAUAAUGAUGUAUUUUGACCAUCCAAAUAUUGUGAAAAUAUAUGAACUGUUUCAAGAUAGUUCUCAUUUUUACAUAGUUUAUGAAUAUUUAAGUGGAGGAGAAUUACUUGAUUUAUUGAAUAAAAAAAAAGAAUUAAAAGAAUAACAAAUUGCUAAUUAUAUAAAAUAAGUUUUAGAAGCAUUAAAUCAUUGUCAUACAUGUGGAAUAGUUCAUAAGUAAUUUAAAUAUAUUAGAUAAAUAGAGAUGUAAAGCCUUAGAAUAUAUUAUUGGAAUCUGAAGAAUAAGAUGCUUAAAUUAAAUUGAUUGAUUUUGGAGCAGCAAAACUUGUUGAAUAAAAUGAUGUUGAUGUGACUGGAACAGUAAUUUAUAUUAUUAAAGUUUUAGCCAUUAUAUAUAGCACCAGAAGCUAUUUCAGAUAAUUCAGAUGAAAAAAGUGAUGUAUGGUCUUGUGGAAUCAUGACUUUACAACUUCUUACUGGAUAAUUUCCAUAUAAAAAUGAAACAGAUCCUCAAAGAAUAUGUGAUAUGAUUACUCGCAAUGAAAUUGAUUAUAACCGUACUUAAAAUAUAUAUUAAUCUAUUAGUUAUCGAGAAGAUAAAAACAAAUAAGGGAAAAACUUUUGUAAAAAAAAUGUUAAGUUUUGAUCCCAAAAAGAGAUAUACAGUUGAAUAAGCUCUUUUAGAUCCUUGGAUUUAAGAUAAUAAAAACAAUGCAGCUUUAGAUUAAUAAGUUUUAAAUAAUUUAAAACAAUUUCAUGUAUGUUAUAAUAUUAUUUAUAGAGUUGCAGCAAAUUAUAAUAAGCUAUUUUGCAGUUAAUUGCUUCUACAAUGAUGAACCAUUAAGAUAGACAAAAGCUAAUUUAAUAAUUUAAAUCAAUGGAUAAAAAUGGUGAUGGAAAACUAUCUCAUCAAGAAUUGAAGGCUGGAUACAUGAAAAUUUAUAAAGAUGAACUUAAAUCAGAACAUAUUGUUUAAGAAAUUUUAAAAAAAGGAGAUUUUAAUCACUCAGACUCUUUAGAGUAUUCAGAAUUCUUAGUUGCUGCAUCUGAAUAUAAUCAAUUAGUAGAAAAGGAAAAGAUUGAAAAAGUAUUCAAGUUAUUUGAUCAAGUAAUAUAUAGUAUUAGUAACAGGAUGGAAAUGGAUAAAUUACUAUAGCAGAAUUAAAAAAGGUGAUGGCAGGAGCAGGAGAUAAAAAUACUUAAUGGAAAGAAUUAAUCAAGGAUUUUGAUUAAAAUGGAGAUGGUUAAAUAUCUCAUUCAGAAUUUAUUGAUACUUUAAUGAAAAAAAUGUCUAAUAAUUAAUGA